UGAACCAUGUUGAGCCCUGCCAACGGGGAGCAGAUCCACCUGGUGAACUAUGUGGAAGACUACCUGGACUCCAUCGAGUCUCUGCCUUUCGACCUGCAGAGAAACGUCUCGCUGAUGCGGGAGAUCGACGCGAAAUACCAAGAAAUCCUGAAGGAUCUGGAUGAGUAUUAUGAGAGGUUUAAACGGGAGACGGACGGCACCCAAAAGAGGAGACUGUUGCACUGCAUUCAGAGAGCCCUGAUUCGGAGCCAGGAGCUGGGUGACGAGAAGAUUCAGAUUGUGAGUCAGAUGGUAGAGCUGGUGGAGAAUCGGACCAGGCAGGUAGACAGUCACGUGGAACUCUUUGAGGCACACCAAGAAGUCAAUGACACCACUGGCCACAGUGGCAAAGCUGGCCAGGAUAAGUCCAAGAAUGAGACAAUCACACAGGCAGAAAAGCCCAAUAACAAGAGGUCUCGGCGACAGCGCAACAACGAGAAUCGGGAAAAUGCAGCUAAUAAUCAUGACCACGAUGACAUCACCUCAGGAACGCCUAAGGAGAAGAAAGCAAAGGCCUCCAAGAAGAAGAAACGCUCCAAGGCCAAGGCAGAGAGGGAAGCAUCCCCUGCAGACCUUCCCAUCGACCCAAAUGAGCCUACGUACUGUCUGUGCAAUCAGGUCUCCUAUGGAGAAAUGAUCGGCUGCGACAACGAUGAGUGCCCCAUCGAGUGGUUCCACUUCUCCUGUGUAGGACUGAAUCAUAAACCAAAGGGCAAGUGGUACUGUCCCAAAUGUCGAGGGGAGAAUGAGAAAACCAUGGACAAAGCCCUGGAGAAAUCCAAAAAGGAGAGGGCUUAUAACAGGUAGUUGGUGGACCUUGCUGAGCAGUGAGGAGGACUAAACCAGUGUAUUUAUUACAUUGCCACCUUUGGCGAGGUGCAAGGACUGUACAAUGUAUAUUUUUAAAGAAUGUUAGAAAAGGAACCAUUCCUUUUGUAGGGAUGGCAGUGAUUCUCUUUGCCUUUUGUUUUCAUUGGUACACUCGUGUAACAAGAAAGUGGUCUGUGGAUCAGCAUUUUAGAAACUACAAAUAUAGGUUUGAAUUAAACACUCACGCAAGUCUCUGACUGAUUUUUGGGGUGGCGGGGAUCGGGAGAGUUGACCUGGAAGCAUCCUAACAUGUUAAAUGUGGAAAGAAAGGUUCAUUUACCUACUGUUUUAUUUUAAUAAAAAUAAUGUUAUUUCAUGAACAAUUUUUUUAAAAAAUUAGCCAACCAAGUUGCUAAAUCUUCUUGCUAUAAUAAUGUAUAGCCAUAUAACAAUUCAAUAACAAUUUAAGUUUGAAAAUUAUUUUUGAAAAAUGUAAAUGGUUCAAUUUUACAUGACAUUUUACAUAGUGUCCUAUUCCCCAAAUGGCCAUUUUUAAAUGACUGUGUACAUUUUUUAAUAACCAAACAGAAGUGGUCUAGUCAUGGAAUCAAAUUUAUGCUUUUGCUAUCACCCAUCCUAGUAUAGUAUACUUAAUUUAUGUAAAGUGUAUAAAUGUACACUUGCUGUAUUAUAAGUGUACAUUUAUAAUAAGUGUACAUAAGUGUCCAAGUGAACUUGCACAUGCUGUAUUAUAAUCAGAAGUGCAGCCAGAUGCCAUUGUGAAACCAAGGUGUUUCCUGCUGUGCAGAUGUGACAUUAAGAAAUAAAUGAAACUUAGCCAGUUCUUCUAGCAGUAUAUUUAAUUUUAACAUAAGUGAUUUUUAAAUUUUUAUCUUCAAAGUAUGUACACCAGCAGUUUAGACAAAGCCUUAAGCAAAAUUUGGUGUUACUGUUCUCAGUAAUGAAACAGAAGUUACCUAAUUGUCAGCAAGUAAAUGUCAAAACAAUAUAUAUUUAGACCAAGGGUUGGAAAAUUAUUGCCCAUAGGCCAAAUCCAGCCCUCCACCUGUUUUUGUAUGGCCUGUGAGCCAAGAAUGAUCUUUGCAUUGUUUAAAUAAAAAAAAAAAUCCUAUUUUGUGACAUGAAAAUUAUAUGGAAUUCAAAUUUUAGUGUCCAUAAAUAAAGUUUUAUUGUCACACAGUCAUGCUCAUUUACUAUUUCUGUCCAGUGGCAGAGUUGAGUGGUUGCGACUGAGAGACUAUAUUAGCCACAAAGCUGAAAUUACUUAUUUUUUGAUCCUAAGUUUGCUGACGUGAUUUAGACUGACUUCUUGCAUGAUAAGCUGUCCUUAACUGCCUGAGUAUUAAAAGGGUCAAAAGAAUUUCCGUGUCUAAGGGAUCUAUGAUUUACUUAAACCAUAUAUUGCAGUUUGUUUUACAUCCUCUGUGAAGCUGCUACAAGGAAUAACUGUAGCAUCUAAGGAUCUGUGUGGCAUUUAUUGUAAGUAAAACAAUAAGUUGUUUUUUGAUUGUUUACUUCAUUUGAUAAAAAUUAUUGAGAACUUUA